GAACUCAGAGAAAGAAGGAGGGGAAGUGGGGCUGAAAUCCAAUCCACUGUACAUCUAAAGAAGAGAGCAUCUAAAGCAGGGAGUGAAGAAAAAGAAACACACACUUGGUAGCUAAAAAGAAAGUUCUAUAGGAAACACGUAUUGGGACUGCUUGCUGUUGGAAAGCUCUGGUAAGCCUAUCUGAAGCACAUCAGUCGCACAUCACCAAGUCUUCUCCUGUCAUGAUUCAAGACCAGUAUCUUAUUGAAUGUCCUAUCAACUCUGAUCAUGAUCAAAAAUAUUUGCAAAACCCUCCAAAUACAACGGUCUACACUGAAGUGCCCCCCAGACAGGAUACACGGGACCCUCGGGGUAUCAACAAGCAUCUGAAGGUCGAUUUCUCUGAUGUACUGGCUGAACCAGCAUCAUUUCACAGUUUUGAUAAGGUAUGGACCUGGAGUGACAUCCUGUUUGAAUCAUCGAAGUUGUGGUGCUACAGAAUUAUAUCCCUGCUGUGUGCUGUGCCAGUGUCUCUGCUUUCUGGAAUCCUUUUUGCACUCCUAGGCUGCCUACACAUAUGGUGUGCCAUGCCAUGUAUACAACUUUGCAACAUCUGCAUGCCCCCUGUCCGGACCCUGUGGGCCAGCGUGUUGGACAUAUUUGUCGCUCCAAUCUGUACCAGCAUUGGUCGCUGCUGCAGUUCUAUUUAUGUUAAUGUUGCCAAGCAAAGACCAUAACAGGGUUAGGACUGGCUCCUCAACACAUGGGACACAAGAAAAAAAAUGAAAAGGAAUAGCGCUGUCUGCAUAACAAUCCUUUUGCAGUCAGAAACAAAAUAAAACAUCCAAAAGUGAUAUACAUAUACGAGGGGCACAGGGGCGGUAGGCAACUUGCAGUGAUCAGCUUUAUUCAUCCUAGUGUGUGUGGCACAUUCAUUCUUCAUUCAUAUUUUAUUAUUUCACAUUGUAUGGACUUUAUUGUAUUAUGUCACCCUUCAGCAUUGACUUUUGUGUAAUACAUGCUCAGUGUUUUGCAAAUAUCUUUCUGGAAUUUCUUGUGGUGUUGAUAAUUAUGCCCAUCUGGUAUUAUUUUGCUGCUAACUAAUAAAUAAAACGUUUACGAAUCUUGAUAA